CACUUCCAACUUAGCCCAAGCUCCGUCUGCCGUUGUCACCAAAAACCGUUGCAAACAAUUGCACCACGUACUAAGUACACUACACCCGGGCACCUGUAGCCUCCUCCCCUCAGAUCUCAGACGGGACACCACCAGGCUACACUCGGACAGCUCGCCCCUGUCAGCCGUAAUGCAUUCGUAGCAACAGACCGACCCGGCAACAUCACGCUCAUACCAUGUCCUUUACGAACGCGCCCGUGACGAGGACCCUCGUCGUCGGGCUCGUUUCGUCCUCCGUCGCCGCAAGCCUCUUCGACUUGAAGCAUUACUUCUACAUCCUAGUCGAUACACACAUCUGGAAGUACCACCAACCAUGGCGAGCCCUCAUAUUCCAGCUCUGCUACACCAAUUCCUCCGAGGUGCUCUUCGCCGCCAUGACCCUCUACAACAUGCGUGUCGUUGAGAGGAUGUGGGGGUCCAGAAAAUAUGCCUCCUUCCUCGUCGUCUCCGGCCUCCUGACGAGCCUCCUCACCCCCGCCGCCAUCAUCUUCCUGCUCCGCCCUCUCACUGGCGGCGUCUUCAACUACCUCCCGGCUGGCCCGACCCCGCUCAUCUUCGCUACCCUGGCGCAGUACCACGCCAUGAUCCCGCACAUAUACAAGUACCGCAUGGCCCUGACCGCGUCUUCACCCAGCACGAGCAACGGCGCGGCGGGCCUCACCUUCAGCGACAAGUCCUACCGGUACUUCCUCGCCAUGCAGCUCGCCCUGUUCCAGUGGCCCGGCUCGUUGUUGGGCGCGGCCAUCGGCUGGGUUGUGGGAUACGUCUGGAGGAACGACAUGCUGCCCACCAGGGUCACGACAUGGCGGCUGCCCGCCUGGAUGGUCGGCAUGAGGACGCCAAAGAGAAGUCAGGAAUUUGAGGGCCUGAGAAGGCGGCUGGAGGGAGAGAAUGCCCCGAGUGCCACUGCGACCGGAACCCAGGGUCAGGGAACAGAUGGCGAUGUUGGGAGGAGGAGGACUCUUGGACAGCAGGUUUUGGACCAGGUGUCUGGCGCAAUCUGAACAUACCAGAGAGCGUCAGAUGUGAUUUGGAACAAGCCUUCCCCAGCCAACAGUAUGGGCCUCUAGAAUUCUUCAACGAAACAUCUUGAGUUGGAAGACAUAAUGCCAGCGGAAUCCACAUGUAGAGUGCUACAUGCGUUGUCUUUCGAAGACACACCGCGCCUUGCUUGUUUACCAGCCCUGGAGUUUGUUGCGUUACUAAAUGUGUGCUUUGAGUCGGAUUAUCUGCCAGGAUUUACCGGUAUCGCAACACUGUUGCCUCAGCCCGUCUGAAUUUCAGAAAGUUCUGGAAGCCAACAUCAAGCACAUGACUGUUACACCUUCAAAAGCAUGUGUAAUGUCACACUGUAGCCCCUGUAGCUUG